AUGGAUUUUUCUGCAAAAAUAUUAUGGGUUAACAAUCAAAAUGCUCUAUCUUCUGUGAUAAAUAGAGUUCUUCAAAAUGUUUGGACGGAAAUAAUCAAUCUUAAGACGGGUAAUGCAUUUAUAGGAAAAGGCAUGACAGUAUGUCCUGAUGGAUCUAGCCCACCUUGCCAAUGGGUGAGAAAAACUGUUUCAUCCUGUUCAAGUGUAGAAUAAACUUCAAAUGGAUAGAGAGAUCUUUAGACCAAAGGAUCUAAUGCUCUACUUAGAAUAAAAACAAACUCUUUACCUAACCAUUGUUUUAGUUCAGUUACUCCUCCAAAGUAGAAUGAAAUUGACUUUUAGGUUUAAUUUAAGAAUAAAAACUCGCUUACAAGAAUGCUUCUAGAUGAUUCAGAAAACGAUUAAUAUAAUCAAUUCAACGGGAAUAGUCAAUUUAGUGUAAAUAUGGCACUUUGUGAUGAUUUAUGGACAUAGUCUGGAUAUAUAUUAUAAAUGAAUCCAAGCUAUGUAGAAUAUUCAGGUAAUUAUGAUGGUAUUGUUGGAAUUGCUCUUAAUGGAAUUCCAAUUCACACUGGUAAUUCAGAAUACGGCUCUGAUGUAUUCUAUCCUAAGCAAUUCGGAAGUAAAGUUUAUUCCCACAAAUUAAUUAAGCUUGACUCUUGUCUUGGAAGUGCUGAAUUUUCUGGAUAUUAUCGCUAUUAUGCCUGGUCACCUUGUAUCCUUCCAUCUGGACCUAUUAAGAGCAGAGAUGUGCAGGAAUGCAAUAAUAUACCAAAAUCAAGAGAUGGCCAUUCAAUUUUAGGCCCCUACAAAAGAGAUGGAACUUUAUGGUAACCCUGUGAUAUUGAUCUCUGCAAUGGAGUUGAAAUAGCAGGAAUUUAUUAUUAUGUAACUACAAUGUUCCACCCUUACACAGUGGGAUGUUGGGGACCUGGACCUAAGAAAACUAUUUCCGAAGAAUGCUCCAAUAAUGUGAAGGUGUGUUCAAGUGGUUCAUUUUUAAAAUCAUGGAUGGAAUUGAUUUUAUUUGUUUCCAUUUUAGUUUACACCAUAUUAAACUGA